UCCUUAUCUGUCAAUCCUAUAGCCCUAAAUCCUCUUACUCAGAUAGUGGGGAAUAGACCGUUGACAAGAUGUACACAACUUGGCUGGCAGUACUCCUUGUUGUACCCUCUGUGGUACAUACACAAGACCCUGGAAACACACAAACACCGACUGCAUUCACUAAAGGACAGACUGCUAACCUCCACUUGACCAAGGGUGAGAAAAUCCCGUUCAACAAAAGAAUCACAGAGUUCGGGGCGAACUUCGACGCUGAUGGAUCUUUUGUGUGCCAGACUCCUGGUCUCUAUGCCUUUACCUUUUAUGGUUUGACUGAACAAAAUUGGGAGCUGUGGCUUGAAAUGAUGAAAAAUGACCAAUUAAUUGCUUCCGUUUAUGCAUACACGUAUGCUGACUACGCUGAUGCCGGAAAUGCCGCCAUUUUGCAUUUGAAUGUCGGUGACAAAGUUUACUUGAAGGCCCACGACGACUACGACCAAACCUUAUUUGGACAGGGAGACCAGAUUUACACUACUUUCACUGGGGAACUUUUGUAUGCGGAUAAUGUCGAACUGGACGCAGUGAACGCCUACGGAGCCGUUGGGUUUUCUGCAGUGAUGACAGUCAACGCCUCCAUCAGUGACGGUUCUGCCGUAAUUUACGACACCGCCAUCACGAAUAUCGGCAACACAUACGACACGACUUCCGGCACAUUCACUGCUCCUCUUGAAGGAACUUACGUCUUCCAUUUCCAUGCUCUAAGCCAUGCCGACGAAGAGGCCUGGCUUGAACUUUUCCACAACGAUCAGUACGUGGUGGCUACCUAUGGAUACACGUCUGGGUCCUACGCCGACUCCGGAAACUCAGUCGUCCUUCACCUUAAGAAAGGGGAUACCAUCAAGGUCAAGGCCAGGCCCGGAACUGACGUAAAACUGUACGGGGACUCUGAUGAGUAUUACACGACGUUCUGUGGGGCCCUCCUUUCACCCACUGUUCAUGGAUCCGGAAGUGGACAUAAUACACACCAAGAAAUCGCUUUCUCAGUUGGUCUCACCCAUAAUGAAGCUUCAACCAACGGCCCAAAAGUGGUUUUUGACCGAGUUUUUGUCAAUCUAGGACAAGACUUUAACGUCAACACCGGCGUCUUCACGGCGUCAGUGGGAGGUCUCUACGCCUUCCACUACCACGCCCUUGCCCAGCAGGGACAGGAGGCAUGGGUGGAGCUCUACCACAAUUACAUCUACGUGAACUCCCUCUAUGGCCACACCUCCGGAAGUUACGGCCCCGGAAGUAACUCGGCCGUCUUGGAGCUAGUGGCCGGAGACACUGUGUAUUUGGACAUCAAGCACCACGACUCGUUCCUGUAUGGGGGCGGGGAUGAGGUGUACAGCACAUUCUCUGGUUAUUUGUUGUCACCCAUUGACAGCCGUCAUCCGGUUGUUGGAUAAAUGUUUUGAUUAAAUUUUCAGUUUAGUUAUUAGGA